AAAAAAAAACGAUUUAAAGACUUAUUUCUCCAGAUACUUCGCAGAUAACUGGACGAGGUGUUGUGAUAGAAGUCACCAUGAUUCCACCGGCGUUCUUGGUGGCGUUUGUAUUUCUUUCUGGUUGCUACGUUGUACGAUGUGAGGUGUUUGAAUCAUGCAAUGCAACGAUAGCAUGUGCAGAUAAUACCACAAUUUGUGAAAAAGAAGUCUGCCACAUACAGGCUGGUAAAGAAUGCGUAAAUGAAACUACAACAACAACCGUCGCAACAACUGUUACAACUGCACCAACAGUUACUACGGCAUCAACAGCUAAUACGGCAUCAACAGCUAAUACGGCAUCAACAGCUAAUACGGCAACUGCACCUACUGAUGCAACUACAACUACUGCGUCAACUACACCUACUGAGACAACUACAACGACGGCGACAACGGCACCUACUGAGACAACUACAACAACUGCCGCAAUCACAACUACUGAGGCAACUUCAACUUCUGAACAAGCAGCGGGCAGAAAACGAAGAAGGCGCAGUACAGACCGUCAGGAGUGUGUUUCAAACGCAAGUUGUGUAUCUGGCCAAAACAACAAACUGGUGUGCGCGUGUAAUAAUGGCUAUACUGCAGAUAAUGGAAAGUGCAAAGCUUCAGAUCCUUACAAUGGUGAGGGCUCUUUGAGAGGAACGCUACUUUCAGCUGCCAUGGUGACGACAUUGAUUAUGUGUCUCAUAUAGCAAACCCGUUUCCCAUGUUACCAGGAUGCAGGAUCUACGGGAAUCCCAGGGGCUUACACACGGGCUGGACAGAAUGAAAACACACCGUUAAGAACAUUAUUUUUGCAAAUAAUUCAACUUAUUGAAAUAUGUAAGCAAAAAUCUUUAACGCUGAAAAGCCAGUUUUUUCUUGAAGUUUGUGCGGAUAUCUUAAGAUUUUAGAAUACAUUAUUAAAAACGUCUGAAAUCGGUUCCAAAAUUUCCCGUUGCGUGCAGCAAAACGGUUUAAUGAAUGUUGCACACAUCGAAUUGUUGGCCAAGAUCACAUGAUUAUCAAAUGAAGUAAGUCUGGUGUUUUUCACAUUGCCAUAAGUCGCAUAAAAACUGUCUUCUAUUCACUGGUUGAAAUUCUUGAGAAAAAUUGUUAAAAAGUUAUUUUUGUAAAAAGCCGCACUUAUCAGUGUGUUUACAUCCAUGAACAUCCAUUCCUGAACCCCAUAAAGCCACGUGAUCCUGCACCCUGGUUACAGCGGACAACCGAUUCAAAUUCACGCAAACCAAUGAAAAACAAUCAUCUCACAAACGGAUAGUAUACUUUGAACGGUUCGAUUUGCACAUGAUUUACGCUUGAUCUGGUUUUGAAAGUGCGUGUGCCAUGUGUCUACAGUAUAUAUCUACGAGAAUGUACGUGUAUGGGAGUUCCGGUUGUCUGCGCAAGCCUGAUGAAGCUGUAAUGCCGACCAACUGGCAAUGCUUGGUCAAUCGGAACAGGGUGUUUUUUUGUAGGCACUUGAGCGCCACUUUUGGCCGGAUUCUUUAUUUAACGAAUAAAAUAAGAGAUAUUAAAAAAAAUGUAUUCUUGUAUAUUCGACUAAGAUAUCCUAUAAUUUUCAUUGUAAUUGUAUGUAGAGAUUAACAGUUUACUGCCUGGUAGUUUUGUAAUAUAUCAGGCGAAUAAAAAACAAGAUGUGUUUUGAAACACUAUGCCCCCCAUAUGUUUGACCUUUUACCUUGAAGGAUGACCUUUACAUUGACCUUUCACCACUCAAAAUGUGCAGCUCUAUGAGAUACACAUGCAUGCCAAAUAUCAAGUUGCUAUCUUCAAUAUUGCAAACGUUAUGACCAAUAUUAAAGUUUAACGCAAACAAACCAACACACCAACAGAAAGGGCAAAAACAAUAUGUCCUUAAGACUGGGAGACAUAAUAAUGGAGAGGCUUGCCGAGCCGUUAUUUUAUUCCUGUCGAGCGAGAUAUAUUACAAAACGACAAGGCAGUAAUCUGUUGUUUUUAUUUCUUUUAUUAUACCUCUACGUUCCACUUUUUAUAAGAAAUAGGGAAUAAAAUCACUACGACGCUGCAUUUUUUGCGGGAAUGAAUAUGAAUGUUGACGUUUGUUCAUAAUGACGCCACGAGGGUUUGAGCUUAAUAUUUGUAAAAUAUGUUUUUUGCUGUUAAUGUUGCUUUUUGUGUAUACAAUAUAUAACAUCUUGGUAUCAAAUUGUUUGUUUUGUUGAAUCUGAUUUUAUUUAACUAAAAAUGAUGACUUUAUAGUUCAUUUCGAGUAACAUGGCGUACCUCCAAAAUUGACUGAUUAUAAGCCGAGCCGUUAUUUCAUUUCGUGCCGAGCCUGAUAUAUUGCAAUAACAUCAGGCAGUAACCUGUUUUUUGUGUUUAACAUACCUCUACAUUCACGAUUUUAAAGAAAUAAUGUAAAAAUCGCUAAAAAGCUGAAGUUUUAGCGGGUAAGAAUAUGACUUUUGUCGUUUGACGUGUUAAUAAUGACGUCAUGAGA